AUGUCAGACCUGAACUGGAAGGAGUCAUUGAACAUCCCAGUUAAAGAUACCAGAGUGCAAACCGAUGAUGUGUUGAACACUCAAGGUAAAACAUUUGAAGAUUUCAACUUGAAAAGAGAGUUGUUGAUGGGCAUUUUUGAGGCUGGUUUCGAAAAGCCUUCUCCCAUCCAAGAAGAAUCCAUUCCCAUGGCUCUUGCCGGCAGAGAUAUCUUGGCCAGAGCCAAAAAUGGAACAGGAAAGACCGCGUCGUUCGUUAUCCCCUCGUUGCAACUUGUCAAGCCCAAACUCAAUAAGACCCAGGUGUUGAUCUUGGUGCCCACCAGAGAAUUAGCCUUGCAGACUUCCCAGGUGGUUAGAACCUUGGGAAAACACUUGGGCAUCCAAUGUAUGGUCACCACUGGAGGUACCAGUUUGAAAGACGACAUCAUGAGAUUGCAUGAUCCUGUGCACGUGUUGGUUGGAACCCCAGGUAGAGUGUUAGAUUUGGCUGCUAGACAGAUUGCUGAUUUCUCCGAAUGUCCCCUUUUCGUCAUGGACGAGGCCGAUAAGAUGUUGUCGCGCGAGUUCAAGGGAGUCAUCGAGCAGAUUUUGUCGUUUUUCCCUCCUGACAGACAGUCGCUACUUUUCUCGGCCACCUUCCCUUACGCCGUCAAAUCUUUCAUGGACAAACACUUGACCAAACCAUACGAAAUCAACUUGAUGGACGAGUUGACGUUGAGAGGUAUCUCGCAGUUCUACGCAUUUGUCGAAGAAAAACAAAAGUUACACUGUUUGAACACCUUGUUCUCCAAGUUGCAGAUUAACCAGUCGAUCAUCUUCUGUAAUUCCACCAGUCGUGUGGAAUUGUUGGCCAAGAAAAUCACAGAAUUGGGCUAUUCGUGCUACUACUCCCAUGCCAAGAUGCCUCAACAGGCUAGAAACAAGGUUUUCCACGAAUUUAGACAAGGAAAAGUGAGAAACUUGGUUUGUUCUGACUUGUUGACCAGAGGUAUCGAUGUGCAAGCCGUCAACGUUGUCAUCAACUUCGAUUUCCCCAAGACUGCCGAAACCUACUUGCACAGAAUAGGUAGAUCUGGUAGAUUCGGCCACUUGGGUUUGGCCAUCAACUUGAUGAGCUGGAACGACAGAUACAACUUGUACAAGAUCGAGCAGGAGUUGGGCACCGAAAUCAAGCCUAUUCCUGCUGUAAUUGACAAGUCCUUAUACGUAAAUGAGAAUGAGGAGAGUAUUCCUCGUCCUUUCAAGCUUGAAGAAUUGCCUAAGGGCAAGGAGAGAAGUGCUAAUGGAUACAACUACCAGGGCCAACCUGAAUUGCAACAGACUCCACAGCAAAUACAGAGUCAACUUCAAGCUCCUCAAUUUCCUCAAGCUCCACAUGCUCCACAAGCUCCACAGGCUCCACAGGCUCCACAGGCCCCACAGGCCCCUCAAGCUGCUCUGGCCCCACAGGCCCCACAAGCUCCUCAGGCUCCCCAAGGUGGUCAAUAUCCAUAUCCACAGGGAGCACCACAAUAUGGAUACCCUAAUCAGUAUCCUCCGCAAUUCAACGGAUACCCACCGCAAUUCAACGGGCAGUAUUCCGUGCCUCAGCAGCAGUAA